UAUACAGAGUCUGGCUCUCGUGUUGUGUCUCAACAACACGAGGAAUAUGCGAACGUCGCCCUCUUGCGCCUCGGGCUGCUCGGCAACACCCCUGAGGCACCUGAGACCGCCAUCGACUUGCACACACUUGAAGUAUACCACCGACUGCGCCGACGACAUGCGCAGCUCGGAAUCCAACCGUACGUCCGGGUUCUCUGCGACAUCAAUGACAUCAAUUAUACCACUCAGCUCCGCGAAUCAUUUUCGAACGUGUUCGACGUGUACCUCAGCCUCCAACGCUCUGUCCGCGGUCUUAUCGAUGCCGAGAUGGGCCGCGCAACUCCCAACUGGCGGGCACUGCAUGGCUGCCCAUGUUGUCAUUACAAGGUAUCGGAUGAAUUCCCACUGCAGCCGGCUGUGCAGUACGCGGCCGACGGCAACAACUCCGCACGCCGGACCGAAUCUGCGGGAUCCGCCGACCAACGUAUAUUCAAAAGUGACUACUUUCUCUCGCGCGAAGAAGUCGACACCUUCAAAAACGAAGUCCGAGGAUCCGUUCGAGGACCUCAGGUUCAUGAAGGCGACGACCAUGGCGAUGGUCACGAGGGUGCAGACGAAGCCAGCCGCAUGGGCCGCUGCACAUCAGAUUUCCGUGUCAGUAGGCCCGAUGGCCCCAAGAAGGCGCUCGAUAUCUAUGAAACGACGGGAAUUUUUGCGGCGGCUUGUCGACAUGGGGUCAUGCAAAAGAUCUGCGAGAUGGUUCGUAGCGGUGAACUUGCCAAGUAUGGGCUGGCUGUUACCAACCAUCUCCUCGACGUCCACGGCCACGACAUCAAUCUUGCCCAAGAUACCGGGUGCGCCUUCAGCAAAACCAUCGCCAAUAGCCCCCUACUCGCGGACAAGGCACGCACACGUAAUCUCAGCGUCUGCGUGAACGCGUUUCACGGAUGGGCGCACAGCCGGCUAUGCCAGCUCAACUUCCACCCCCUGUAUCGCAAGGGAGCCGGGCUCUCGGAUCUCGAGCAGAUGGAGCGGGCGUUCUCGGCAUCAAACGCCACAGUCCGCCUUAUCCGCUACGCAUCGCGGUUCCACUUCCUUCAGGGGCUUGAUCUUCAUUUCCUCCAGUGGGAUGAGGACCGGUAUGGCGAAUUAUCUACUUUUCUAUGCCAGAAAUACCGCCAAGCCCUCACCAUAAUAACGGAGUACUCGCCUGCUGUGCAGGAGAUGUGCCAACGCCUCUCCAUCACCCCCUCGGACAUCGACACGUGGAUCGACCUCGAGCGCACGUUCCUCAUGAACCUCAAAGAAGAACCGGACGAUCGAAAGCUCGCAGCCGAGUACUGGCAGCGCGUCUCCGCGCCAUUCAAGGUGACGAUUGGCAACAUCGACUACGAAAAGGAUGCCAGCGAGACCCUGCUCCUGGAGAAUACCCGCCGCCAUGCAACCGAAGAGUACCUUGUCCGUCACCGAGUGGUCACCGACCUUGAGACCAAGCUCGGCGUUCGAGAGUCGUGGUCAAAAUCAUCCGAGGAAUAUCGCGCCGCCGCCGAGUACCUCCAACAUCAAGAUUUCUACAAGGCUUCGGACCGCGUCCAACUGCUCGUUGCUCAGCGGUUACAGGAGCUCACCAAGUCUCACAUCCAGGAUACCGGGUACAAAAUGCGUAAGGCAAUCGGGAAGGCGAUUGAGCGUCGCUCCACAGCCGUCCGCACCGCUAUCACACAUUACAACAAGCUUGCCGCGAAGAUGAACCCGCCUGCGACCCAACUCCGAUGGGACGAUAUCGUCCAGUACACUUUUUUAUCGGAAUUAGAAAUACUUAAACACUCGUAUUUUCAGCAGGAUGUCCGCGAGCAGGCCUGGGCAAAGCCUGUCAAUAGAGACGCGGCCAUCAAGCACUUCAAGAUCCAGCGGGCGCGCGAGGAGAUCAACAGGCUUAAUGUCGAAGCUCGGCGGCUUCGAACUUGGGUGAACGACGAACUGGAUGACAUUAAGCGACAUAAGGAGCGGCUUGAAAAAGCCAAUCCCCUCCUCGCUGCAGCCAUGACGUCGCAGUUCGCCGCUCGGAUUCGUGCUAACCACGCCCAUCUCAGGAGGCUGGACACGCUUGAGCGGCUCCCAGGGUAUUCGGGAACAGUCAGUGCACGCGAUACUGAUGGAGAAGCGUCUCGUGAGGAUAAUCACCUGGAUCUCGAAGACGAGGAGCUUCACGACAGUAUGCACAAGCUUUCACUUUACGUAGAAAAUAUGGACUAG